AAUUCAUUCUCAAAAAAAUACUAGAGCAACAAACAACGUAGUGUGGUGGUUACUCUAAAGAAUAAUAAUAAAAUAAGUUGUUGGUGUUUUUACUAUUUCUUCUACAUAAAACAAAAAAUAAAAUUAACUAAAAUUUUACAAACUAAUUGCAUGUUAAUUAUUGUUGUUUUAAAACAAAUAAAGAAAAUCUACAACGAUAACAACAACAGUUACUAACUUAAUAAAAGAUAAGACUAAAUUUGCAAAAAAGAAACGAACAUUAAAAUAAAAUCUAAAAGUUAAGGAAAAAAUAAACCAAACAACAUUUAAAUAAUAAGUUAUUAAAAGGUUAUUAACAAAAUACCAACAACUACACAAAAGUGAAAAUAUAGAUAAAGUUGAACAAAAAAAAAAAAAAACACGAGAAUCUACACAAAAGCAGAUUGUACGAACCCAUACUUGUUAAAAGAAUUUAAUAAAUUAUAAACCCUUACAAUUGUUUAUUUUUUUUACAGUAAAACUAAUAAAUCAAGCUUCUCUGGAUUUAUUUUGCCUAGACUUGUCUUCUUUUUUGUCGUUUUUUUUCUUUUUGACUGUUUUUACUCUUCAAUAGCAACAACCAACCAUGACCAAUAUGCGUCCUCCAAAUAAAUCGACUUUAUUGAAAGUCGUUAUAUUGGGCGAUGGUGGCGUUGGCAAAUCAUGUCUUAUGAAUCGUUUUGUCUCUAAUCGUUAUGAUGAGAACAAUUUCCAUACAAUUGGUGUGGAGUUCAUGAACAAAGACAUUGAGGUGGAUGGUGAGAAGUAUACAUUGCAGAUAUGGGACACUGCUGGUCAGGAACGUUUUCGUGCUUUACGCACACCUUUCUAUAGAGGUUCAGAUGUUUGUUUAUUAUGUUAUGCCAUCGAUGAUUAUGAUAGCUUUCGUGGCCUUAAACAAUGGCGCGAAGAAUUUCUACAUUAUGCCGAUGUUAAGGCAGAUAAAUUUCCCUUUAUUGUAGUGGGCAAUAAGAACGAUUUGGCACAACAAUGCCGUCAGGUAGGUUCGGAUGAACUUAAACAAUGGUGUGAUAACUUUCAAAUACGAAGUCACAUUGAAACCUCUUCGAAAACGGCCACCAAUGUUAAUGAUGCUUUCAUCUUGGCCGUACGUCAAUGGAAACAUAUGGAACGUAUAGCAGAAAUUGAAUUAAAACAAAAUGACACAAUUGAUUUGACCAAAACAAUACGUUUAGCACAAAAUCGUUUUUGUUGUACGGGUGGUGGUGGUAGCAGUGCAUCCACCACAACAGCUACAGGUAAUUUAGAAUCAGAAGAUGAAUCUAUGCAUACACCCUCACCACGACGAUUUGGUAAACGUCCAACGAAACCUCAAGAAACUCAUUAUCAACUUUAAAAAAGAAAACGAAUAAUUAUUGAAAAAAUAAUGCGAACCACAAGGAGCAGCAGUAGUAGGAGUUUUUUGUUUGGUUUUCUAAAAGCAAGAUUCUAAAACUAUAAUUGGUUGUAAUCACCACAAAAAAGAGAAAAAAAUCAUUUAUAUGUAAGUUUUUUUUUUCUAAAUAUUUUUUAAUUUUGUAGUUUGUUUUUCAAAUCGAAAACUUUAAUUUUUGUAAAUUGUAGUACAAACUUCUUAAAUUUCAGUACAAUAACCUUGCCCCGAUUGCCUUUUUUUGUAUACAUUCCCGAAAAUGUAAAGAAAAAGAGAAUCUCCCUUUUUUAAACACUAACUUUCCUUAGCUAUAGAAAAGCACAAAUUUUCAAAGCUUUCAAAUUUAGUUUUUUUUUGUUCUGAAAGUUUUUCGUUGAGAUUACACUAUAGACUAGACUCUGGGAAAGACUAUAGACUAAAUCAUAGUCCAUAAUAUAGACUAGACUAUAGACUAGA